CAGACGCGUCAAUCCCUCCAGGCUCCAUCUCUUCCCCCACCCCCACAACAAGCCACACCAUCGAUACCCCUCGAUAUCCUACGUCGCCGACAAGCUCCGAAAACUCCUCGGUCGCUUUCGCUAUCCCUUCCCACAUUCAAUUCACUCGUACACAUCGUAUCAAACCUGAGAUACACGACCUGAUGGAUGACUCGGAUUGCGGAGCGGGCUACUCGGAAGUUGAUGAGGUCGACAUGAUGGAGGUCGAUGUACCGGAGCGCGGCGCGGAGAGUGAAGGCGACGAGGACACGGGGAGCGAUGGCGAUGAUCUAGAAGACUCAAAGCUUGUUCGGGUCACCCGAGAGAUCAGAGCAAAUGACUACUCACUCCGGUACUGGGUGCGCUUCGAGAACGGCAAAGAGGCCGAACUGUCUUUCGAACGCCUCGCCUCUCUCGAUAACGGAAAAAAAGCUCUCAAUGACUUUCUAAGCGGCAAACACGAUGACGACGAAGAUGAAGAUGAACCGGAGGGUGAAGCCCAAUUAGAUUACGACCAUUCUACAACCGGAGGUACAGAGGCGGAGGAAGAUUGGUUGUCACGCCCUCCUCCUGAGCGAGCACAACGCCAGCGAAAUCUCCUCAAACUUCGGGGAACAAGGCGGUUAGCUACUCUGAAGGAGACGACAAAAGAGAAAGCCAUAGUAGAGCAGGACGAUGGAGGGCGCGCUACACGGUCGAAGGGACUAAAGGAAGGGCCCUCGAUGCUCUCUUUCAAGAGAGGCCCGCAGUCGGACGACGACGAUAAUAUCAUUGAUCUUCCGCGUAAAAAGUCGCAGCGCAGGUCGGCCAGAAAAUCGAAUGGAAAGGCAAAAGAGGUGAGCGAUGAAUCGGAGUAUCACCGUAGCGAGGACGAACAAGCGAGACGGUCGGGUAGAACCCGGCGUCACCAAAACUACGCUGAGCCGGUCCCGGAAGACGAAUACGAGUACACCGAAGAGCCACAACCCAAAGCUCCCCCGAAACCAAAACUCACACGUUCGAAAGAGAUAUUUCCGAUUUUUCCUGACGAUGACGAGUUCGUCCAGGUUCAUAAUCUACAUUGUGAGACUUGCCAAAAGUCGGGUCCCUCGGAUAAACAAGGCCACUUGAUCUUUUGUCAGGGCUGCUCGGCUUCCUACCACAAAGCCUGCAUUGGACUGCGAAAUGCGCGUGAGCAUCUUGUUACCAAGGUGUCCAGCACCAAUUUUGUGCUUCAGUGCAAGCGCUGCAUAGGAAGGCCGAAGCUGAAGGAUCAUCUCCAAGCGUCGUGGGAUCGGUGCACAGAUUGUGGGGCUCAAGGAGACUCGUGUGAACCUUUCAAGCCAUUAAGCGAGGCCAAAAUAAAGGCGCAAGAUGGAAGAGCAUUGUCACCUGACAUCGACGUUCCUGAUAAGGGUCUUUAUGCUCCCGGGAACGUAUUGUUUCGUUGUCAAGGAUGUUCUCGAGCAUGGCAUUACGACCAUCUUCCAGAGCGGGACUCGACCAACUACGCAGCGUUCACAUGCCUGGACUGCGUAAGAGCACCAGGCAAGAUAGACAAGAUCACCGCUUGGCGUCCGAUUGAUCCUGCCGCGUGGGACGAGCGUGCACUCAGUCUCGCUGAUUUCACUGAAGAUGAGCGGGAGUACUUAGUCAAGUUCGACGGGCAGUCCUAUUUCCAUGUGAAAUGGGUUCCUGGCCCGUGGCUGACUGGUGCCUUCCCUUAUCGCCGACUCGGAUUUUUGAAGAAUAAUCCGUAUGCCAUCCUGAGCCAGGAGAAAGCCAUCGACGAGUCAUGGUUGCGGGUGGAGAUAAUUCUCAGGCUAGAAUACACUAGCUACGUUCCUGUUGGGAAGGACGUCAAUGUGGACCUGGCUCGGGUGAGGGAGGUCGCUAAGGCCCUUAUUAAAUAUAAGGGUCUCGGGUAUGACGAAGUCGUUUGGGACAGCCCGCCCUUGGAAUCUGAUGGGGAUAGGUGGGCUGAUUGGAAGUCUGCCUACUACGACUACGUGCAUGGGUUGUAUGUACGCCCGGCCCACAAUCUGGUCAAGAAGAUUGAAAAGGCCCGUCGCUCCCCAUUCGACACGCUUGAACUGGCCGGACAGCCCAGGUACAUAAAAGGCGGUACUUUGAUGGACUACCAGAAGGAGGGCAUGAAUUGGCUCUACUACAAAUGGUGGGCCGGACAGAAUGUGAUUUUGGCAGAUGAAAUGGGACUGGGAAAGACCAUUCAGAUCAUUUCGUUCUUGUCUGUUUUGUUUGAAGAGCAUAAAAUCUGGCCUUUCUUGGUGGUCGCCCCGCAGUCGACUGUGCCGAACUGGAAACGAGAGAUUCGGACUUGGGCCCCUUCCCUUCGGGUAGUGGCCUACUACGGGACUGAAGUUGGUCGCAAACAUGCGCGCCAAUAUGAAAUGUUUGGACAGGAUGGAAAAUUGAAGUGCCACAUCGUCGUGACGUCUUACACGACCCCCGUCUCCGAUGCUACAAUGCUGCGAAAAAUUCCAUGGCAGGCUCUAAUUGUGGAUGAGGGACAAUGUCUAAAGAACGAAAAGGCCCAGCUCCAUGUCGAGCUAAUGAAGUAUACCAACACGCACAAGGUACUUCUUUCUGGGACGCCCUUGCAGAACAAUCCGAGGGAGCUGUUCAACAUGCUGCAAUUCCUCAAUCCGAAGGAUAUGAACGCCCAAGGAUUGGAGGACGAAUUCGGGAUUCCAACGGUCGAGAAUGUCCCGAAGCUGCAUACUCUCAUCCGGCCGUACUUUCUGAGGCGUACGAAGGCGCAAGUGCUUACCGAUCUUCCGCCCAUGGCUGAGGUCAUUGUACCUAUCUCUAUGACUGCUUUGCAGAAGAGUCUAUACAAGUCAAUCCUCGAGAAGGACGCAAAGAUGAUUCGUUCCCUUCUUUCGCGUGACGGCAAGCUCGGCAAGAGCGAGAAAGGGGGGGUCCGCAACUUGCUAAUGCAGCUUCGGAAGUGCGUCUGCCAUCCAUUCGUCUAUAGUAGAGCUAUAGAGGAGAUCAACGAGGAUGACUCUAAUGAACUCAUCCAUCGGAACUUGGUGGAGGCUGGGUCGAAGCUCGGGCUUUUGAAUAUCAUGCUGCCGAAACUCAAGGAACGAGGACAUCGUGUCUUGAUUUUCUCCCAAUUCCUGGGAAUGCUUGAUGUGAUGGAGGAUUUUCUGGUUGCACUGGGACUUAAGUGGUACCGACUGGAUGGCAAUGUCAGCAGUCUAAACAAGCAGAAGGCCAUUGAUGAGUUUAACGCUCCUGACUCUGACUACUUCGCUUUUCUAUUGUCCACCAGAGCUGGUGGUGUCGGCAUCAACUUGGCAACAGCGGACACGGUCAUCAUUCUGGAUCCGGAUCACAACCCGCAUUCAGACAUGCAAGCCCUCUCGCGAGCACACAGAAUCGGGCAGAAGCAUAAGGUGCUUGUCUUCCACCUGAUGACGCGAGACACCGUCGAGGAAAAGAUCAUGCAGGUGGGCAAGAAGAAGAAGUCUCUUGACCACUUGAUCAUUGAGAGAAUGGGUGACGACGAGAGUGGGGAGCUAGACGCCUUUGACGUGGAAAGCAUUCUCGCCUUCGGUGCGAAGCGUCUUUUCGAAGACGAUAAUGACGACCGGGCCAUCAAGUACGACAACGAAAGUGUCGACAAACUGCUUGAUCGAUCUCAGAUCGAAGAAACUAAGGCUGCAGAGGAUAAUGCCGGCGGUACGUUCAGCUUUGCAAGAGUGUGGGCGAAUGAGAAGGGCACUCUCGAAGAAACCGACUUUGCAAUGGAAUCCGGAAACGACGAUACGGUAGAAGUGGCAUUCUGGGAUCGGAUCGUGAAGGAACGUGAAGAGAUUGCGAAUAAAGAGGCAGCCGCGAAGCAAGAGGAGUUAGGAAGGGGCCGCCGUCGUAAGACCGUUGCCAAGUACGCAAUUGAAGAUGGAAAUGCGGACGACGACGAUAAUGACACCGACUUCCAUACCGACGAUAAAGCUCAAGAAUCGGACGACUCGCAGAGUGGCCAUGAGGAUGUGGAUAAACACGAUUUGAUGAUAGCCGGCGUCGGCAAUGGUCGCAGAAAGCCGUCGUCUAUGACUCCCGUGGCUCACAUGGCUUCAAUGGUUCCUCCGAAUCACACCAUGCCUACCCAUAUGCCUCCCAAUGCUACUGUGCCAUAUCCAUACCCGCCUCCUCAUAUGGCUUCAAUGGCUCCUCCGAAUCACACCAUGCCUACCCAUAUGCCUCCCAAUGCUACUGUGCCAUACCCAUACCCGCCUCCUCUUAUGGCUCUCAAUAGGUCUAUGUACCAGAAUGCUCUGCCCCUCUCGGGCACCAUGCAAACGAUGUUUCCACUGGCGCCUCCCGUUCCCGAAAACCACCCUUCGCAAUUCCAACGAGCCACCAUAAUCCCGCCAACGGACAACCCCAAAUUCCCUUGUUGCCGCGCCUGCCACCACCACCACGCACCGGGCACCUGCUCGUUCAAGCAGAGCGGAGUCGAGCUGUGCCCGUUCUGCAAGACUGCGCACUUUACCAAACGUUGCCCGCACAUGGCGUCGGAGACGCAGCUCAACUUGAUGUUGGAGAGUUUGAGAGAGAGCACCGAAGCUAAAGAGCUGGUCGAUCUUGCCAAGAAGGUUGUUCGCGGCCGGAAGGGAGCUAUUCGCAAGGAGAAGGCGAGGACUGCUCAGUUGGGAACCUCUGCCAGCGGCGCCAAUACUUAGGUAGGUGAUGGACAGAAUUGUGAGUGGAGAAUCGGGAUGGAAGAGGGAUGCAGCUCAUUGUUUGUGCUAGCUUUGUUGGAGGUUUUUUUUUUGCUUUGCUUUCAUAGUCCGAUACACACUGGGUCGUUUUUUUUUCACUACUUGCAUACUGAAUUAGAUUCUGGAGGGGUUUCUUUGCGAAUUUUGCAUCUUCUCAUUCUUCUAUUUCGCUUGACUAUAUACCGUGUACACAUUAAUUUUGCGGGUGGCUGUAUCACUAGAUGAGAUGACCUGGGAGGGGCGGGGCGGGGGG